AUAUUGAAACAAUUCUCUCCCUUUCUCUUUCUCUUUCUCUUUCUCUUGAAUAGUAUUAAGAUCCUAAAAAAGACAUAUAUAUGGCAAAAGUUGGAAAGCUAGGAGGGAAGUUGAAGUCAGCCAUAAAGAGAUGGCCGUCCUUGACCAAAUUCAGCCGCGUCAGCAGCAAUGGCAGCAUCUCAUCACCGUAUCACCCUAAUGAUGAUCACCACCAGAUCUCAAACGACGUCGUUCAUGGUCAUCAGAACAAUCACGGCGAUCAGCCUCAUGCCGUGUACGUGGGCAAGUCUAGGCGGCGGUACUUGGUGAGCUCGGAAGUGGUGGAGCAUCCUCUGUUUCAGGAGCUAAUAGACAAGUCGGCCUCUGGCUACUGUGAAUGUGAAGACGGCGGAAUCUCUGUGGCUUGCGAGGUUGUGCUGUUUGAGCACUUGCUUUGGAUGUUGGACAACGCCGAGGCUCAGUUGGGCUCCAUGGACGAGCUUGUUGAGUUCUAUACUUGCUGAUUACUUUAUAUAUUAUCAAAGCAUAUAUAUAUAUAUAUAUAAUCAGUAUGGUAUACAUUUAUUAUAAAUCUCUAUAUCACUGACCAAGCAUGAAGCAGUAGCACCUCUCUUAGAAUUUCUUAGUUUGUAAUUGUAUAGAAAUAUUAUAUAUAUAUAUAUGGUAUGGUCUUUGUGUGUCUGCUUUGGACAGUGACCAACAUUAUAUUAUGUCAUAUUAACCAUUUCUUUUUGAGAAGUUGUAAUGCUAAUGCAAGAGUUUGUUAUCAUUCAAAAUCUCUCUCAGGUUAUUAGAGCAGAUAGAACUUGAUAAUGAUGAUUUCAUUUCAUAUUUUCAUUAUAUUUAUGAGCUUGUUUGUGAUUACAGUUAAUGAAACACAAAGAAAUUUUAAUAAAAUAUAUAUAUUUAUA